CCCUCCCCUCCCCUCCGCGCGCGCGCUGCAAAGAUGGCGGCGCUGAGCAAGUCCAUCCCCCACAGCUGCUACGAGAUCGGGCACACCUGGCACCCCAAGUGCUCCUGGGCCGUGCUGCACGUCACCCAGAGCGCCCUGGCAGAGUCCCUCCGCAUCUACGGCACCCUCUACCUGGUUGCAGCUAUUCUCAGGAAACGAAAGCUUGAUUAUUAUUUGUACAAACUGCUACCUGAGAUCUUGCAGUCAACUUCCUUUCUGACAGCAAAUGGGACCUUGUAUAUUGCUUGCUUUUGCAUUCUAAGGAAGAUACUUGGAAAAUUCUACUUUUGGUCUCCUGGCUUUGGUGCAGCUUUACCUGCUUCUUACAUGGCUAUUCUCAUUGAAAGAAAAAGCAGGAGAGGUCUUCUCACAAUAUACAUGGCUAAUCAAGCCACAGAAACAUUGUUCCGAAUGGCAGUAGCAAGAGGAGCUAUCACACCUUUAAGACAUGGAGAAGUCCUUUUGUUCUGCAUCACAGCUGCUCUGUUCAUGUUCUUCUUCAGGUGCAAAGAUGGCUUGAAAGGAUUUACAUACUCUGCACUAAAGUUCAUUGUAGGGAAAGAAGAAAUCCCCACCCAUUCUUUUUCACCUGAAGCAGCAUUUUCAAAAACAGAUAGAAAAAUCAAGCAUAGUGAAAAAGUAUCACAGCCAAUGAACAUACUGGCACUAACAAAAAAGCUCAUGGACAAAGUGUGCAAACAUGGCCCAAGGCAUAGAUGCUGUAAACACUAUGGAGAUAAUUGCAUCUCAUACUGUAUUAAAGGCUUCAUUAGGAUGUUUAGCAUUGGUUACCUGAUCCAGUGUUGCCUUCGGAUUCCUUCCACCUUCCGGCAUCUGCUUACGCAGCCAUCACGGCUACUUUCCCUCUUCUACAACAAGGAAAAUUUCCAGCUUGGAGCUUUUCUGGGAUCUUUUGUCAGUAUAUACAAAGGUACAAGUUGCUUCCUGCGCUGGGUCCGAAACCUUGAUGAUGAGCUUCAUGCACUCGUAGCUGGGUGUCUAGCAGGAAUUUCUAUGAUGUUUUACAAAAGUACAACUAUCUCUAUGUAUCUGGUGUCUAAAUUAGUAGAGACUAUAUACUUCAAAGGCAUUGAAGCAGGGAAGGUUCCCUAUUUUCCUCAUGCAGACAGCAUCAUCUAUGCCAUUUCUACAUCGAUAUGCUUUCAGGCAGCUGUCAUGGAAGUUCAGAACCUGAGACCUUCAUACUGGAAAUUUCUUUUACGAUUAACAAGGGGCAGGUUUGCUCUCAUGAAUAGGAAAGUUUUAGAUGUGUUUGGUACUGAAGCAUCUAAGAACUUCAAGGAUUUCACACCUAAACUUGACCCAAGAUACACAGUUGUGCCACCAGAGCUACCACUGGAGCUGUCUUGAACACGACAGUGUGGCUUGACAUUGAAUGUGAUCAGCAUUUUGUCCUGAAAAGUUAAUUAACUUGACAGUCGUAUGUAUGGAGGAGGACUAGGGCUCCACUUCAGUAUUACUUCAAUGAGAAAAGCUUUUUACCAAUCAGAAAUACUGAAGCUUUGCAGGGAGGUGUGGCUUAGUGAUUAAGCCCCUUCCAUAAGCAGAAAACAUUUCUGGGUUGCUGUAGUUGGUUGACAGUAUGGUAGAAUCCUGAAUGAAUUAAACAAAUGAGUAAUAUAUUUAGAGAAGUAAAACAUAAAUAUGCUUCAUAAUUUCAAAAAUUCCAUAGUUCAUACCAGUAGACUAUUUCUUGGUAAAACUAAAAGUAAUUCUUAAUUUAGAAAUGAAGACAAUUGGCAUCGUUUAGGUCCAAAAUUUUACCUGAUCUUAAAAAGAUUGCAGUCUGGUGAAAAUGCCUCCCUGGUUUUUCAAAUUGCGUCAAUGAUUUGUCUCAAAAGAGCCACCACCCCCUCGUUAGUUAAAAUUAGAUUAUUUUUUCACAGCUGUGGUUGCAAAAUAAGGCAUUCCUUAGGAAAAGAAAACGCAUAUUGAUUCAGAAAUCACAUUCCAGGGCUGUAAAUUCCUCUGAUGACACAGAUAACAGGCAAGGAAAACAAGAAGGCGGUUCCGGUGGCUGCUGUGCGCUGAGGAGCGGCGGGUGUGGUGGUCAGCAUCUGCCAAGUGGAAAAGGACACAGCUGGCAGAGGAAGGAAUGAAACAUUCCAGCCUCUGAGAUGGUGUUGGAAACAGCAGACAGUUACAAAAAUAAAAAAGCCAAGAACAAAACAAAACAAAGCAAAACACCCGCCCACCUCCCCCCUCCCCAGAUAAAA